AUGACUGUCAAACUGUUUGACCUGCAGGGACAGCUUCUCUCCGAGACCGGCUUCACCUUUGACCCCACAGGAAUAGGCAAGCCUGGUAAUAAAAACAAAGCCCUUUGUCUGAGUCAAAGGAAAACAUCUGCUGGACUGAGGAGGGAUUAAGGUCGGGGACUCAUCAGUCUUUUCUUCCACAGAAGACCCUCUGAUUAGAGUAGAGGUGUUUGGAGGAAACCAAUCCCUCCAUUACGGAGUUCCAAAUCCCAUGGCUUAAAAGGCAUGGUUUGAAAUAUGUAAUAUGCAUAACAGAGGAGGCUGGUGGGAGGAGCUCUAGGAGGAUGGGCUCAUUGUCAAGACUGGAAUGGAAUCACUGGAACGGUACCCGUGUAGCUCAGUUGGUAGAGCAUGGCGUUUGCAACGGCAGGGUUGUGGAUUCGAAAAAAGUAUGAAAAAAAAAUGUAUGCACUCACUAACUGUAAGUCGCUCUGGAUAAGAGCGUCUGCUAAAUGACUAAAAUGUAAAUGUAAAAAUGGUAUCAAACACAUGGAAACCCCAUGUUUGACUCUGUUCCAUUUAUUCCAUUCCAGCUGUCCUACUAUAGCUCCUCCCACCAGCCUCCUCUGAUGCAUACAGUAUUCAAAAUACCUAUCUCUCCCUAUGAAUACAGUAGUCUUAUCGCAAGGCUACAGAAGCCCGGCGCUUACCGCAGCAAGUCUUUUACAUUUUUUUAUUACGUUUGGUCUGAAUGAGUAGCCUCAAAGCAUGAUAGUUCAAUAAGAAAUUAUUUCUAUUGAAAUAGAAAAACCUUCCUGCUUUGAUGUUAUCAUACAGACUAAUAAUUAAUGAAUGUCUGAUAUUCUCCAGACUGAUAAUUAAUGAAUGUCUGAUAUUCUCCAGACUCAACAAUGGUACAAUAUUUCCAUAUCACAUAAUGCAAAUCGCAUAAUAUAUGUAGAAAACAUAAGCUGUAUGCUAUAUGACCAGCCUUGUGAUUGACAACCUCCUUUAGAUGAAAGACUGUGUUUUAAAGCAUGAAGGUAGACUCAAAAAUGUUUUUAUUUUAUUUUACAUAUAACUCAGACUUCCUACACAAGUAUUUAGCACCACAUUGGUUAUUUGUCUCAGGAGGGUUAAAACAAGAGUCUGCUAACCAGCUAAGGCAUUUACCACACCCCCACUCUCCUCUGUGACUCACCUACAGGAUCCUAUUCUGCUAAUGGACCUGUGUAUAGCGCAAUGCUGUGAUAAAGGUAAUCAGAUCCUCCAGAGAGCAGUAAGUCAUUUGCUGAAUGCAGAAAAUAAGAGACCUCCCUGGCUCAAUUUCUGGAUCAAUCUGAUAUUCAGAUAUUUAUUUACAUUUACUUGAAAUUAUUAGCCAUUAGAUGUAAUGACUCAAAUUGAAAAAUAUCAGUCGUUCACAUUAAAUUACCAAAUGCAUGGAAUUUCAAUACACGGUCAAAAUAGACUCUGGUAGUGUCUCCGACUGCUGGAUUAAAAAGGAAUGCCAUGCAUAUGGCCUUGCAGUGGGCUCUUGGUCACUUCAUUGAGGGAUCAUUGAUAGCAAAACAAUAACUGGAUAGUUGCAGUCGGUCUACAGUAUUGUCUUUAGUGCAUCACAUGCUCAUUUUGGAUUUAUACAUACAGUGCCUUGCAAAAGUGUUCAUCCCCCUUGGCGUUUUUCCUAUUUUGUUGCAUUACAACCUGUAAUUUAAAUGGAUUUUUGUUUGGAUUUAAUGUAAUGGACAUGCACAAAAUAGUCCAAAUUGGUGAAGUGAAAUGAAAAAAAUAAGUGGUGCGUGCAUAUGUAUUCACCACCUUUGCUAUGAAGCCCUAAAUAAGAUCUGGUGCAACCAAUUACCUUCAAAAGUCACAUAAUUAGUUAAAUAAAGUCCACCUGUGUGCAAUCUAAGUGUCACAUGAUCUGUCACAUGAUCUCAGUAUAUAUACACCUGUUCUGCAAGGCCCCAGAGUCUGCAACACCACUAAACAAGGGGCACCACCAAGCAAGCGGCACCAUGAAGACCAAGGAGCUCUCCAAACAGGUCAGGGACAAAGUUGUGGAGAAGUACAGAUCAGGGUUUGGUUAUAAAAAAAUACUAGAAACUUUGAACAUCCCACGGAGCACCAUUAAAUCCAUUAUUAAAAAAUUGAAAUAAUAUGGCACCACAACAAACCUGCCAAGAGAGGGCCGCCCACCAAAACUCACAGACCAGGCAUGGAAGGCAUUAAUCAGAGAGGCAACAAAGAGACCAAAGAUAACACUGAAGGAGCUGCAAAGCUCCACAGCGGAGAUUGGAGUAUCUGUCCAUAGGACCACUUUAAGCCGUACACUCCACAGAGCUGGGCUUUACGGAAGAGUGGGCAGAAAAAAAUAAGCAAACACGUUUGGUGUUCGCCAAAAGGCAUGUGAGAGACUCCCCAAACAUAUGGAAGAAGGUACUCUGGUCAGAUGAGACUAAAAUUGAGCUUUUUGGCCAUCAAGGAAAAUGCUAUGUCUGGCGCAAACCCAACACCUCUCAUCACCCCGAGAACACCAUCCCCACAGUGAAGCAUGGUGGUGGCAGCAUCAUGCUGUGGGGAUGUUUUUCAUUGGCAGGGACUGGGAAACUGGUCAGAAUUUAAGGAAUGAUGGAUGGCGCUAAAUACAGGGAAAUUCUUGAGGGAAACCAUACUGCUAAAGCAACACUUGAGUGGUUUAAGGGGAAACAUUUAAAUGUCUUGGAAUGGCCUAGUCAAAGCCCAGACCUCAAUCCAAUUGUGAAUAUGUGGUAUGACUUAAAGAUUGCUGUACACAAGCGAAACCCAUCCAACUUGAAGGAGCUGGAGCAGUUUUGCCUUGAAGAAUGGGCAGAAAUCCCAGUGGCUAGAUGUGCCAAGCUUAUAGAGACAUACCCCAAGAGACUUGCAGUCUUGUAAUUGCUGCAAAAGGUGGCUCUACGAAGUAUUGACUUUUGGGGGGGGUGAAUAGUUAUGCACGCUCAAGUUUUCUGUUUUUUGUGACUUAUUUCUUGUUUGUUUCACAAAAAGAAAUAUUUUGCAUCUUCAAAGUGGUAGGCAUGUUGUGUAAAUCAAAUGAUACAAACCCCAAAAAAUCCAUUUCAAUUCCAGGUUGUAAGGCUUUCGCAAGCCACUUGUCAUGAGCCGUCGUGGAUGUGGUGGAGGAGUCAACUGCAGGAAGCAGAGGUUAGUCCAACAAGACUUUUAAUAGUGUCCAAAGUAAGUGUACAAGCCCCGACCUCGAAAACACGAAGAGGCGAGGAACAUUACGCACACGCGUAAAACACUUCAACAAGGCAAAAUAGACACGGAAAAAUAAACACGUAUCAAACAACGUGGCAACGGACAACAACACACAAAAACCCUAGAUUACAACAUGGAACUUAUAAGACACGUAAUCAACACUAAAACAAACACAGGUGUGACAGCCAGACAAAAGCAAUGGAACACAGAAACAUAGAGCGGUGGCAGCUAGUACUCCGGGGACGGCGAACGCCGAAGCCUGCCCGAACCAGGAGGAGGAGCAGCCUCGGCCGAAACCGUGACAGUACCCCCCCCCUUGACGCGCGGUACCAGCCGCGCGCCGACCCCGGCCUCGGGGACGGCCAGGAGGACGCGGACCCGGGCGCGUGGGAUGCCCAUGGUGAAACUCAGUCAGGAGGGAUGGAUCUAGUAUGUCCCUCCUGGGCACCCAGCACCGUUCCUCCGGACCGUACCCUCCCACUCCACGAGAUACUGGAGACCACUCAUCCGGCGUCUCAAGUCCAAGAUGGUCCGGACUCUGUACGCCGGGGCCCCCUCGAUGUCCAAAGGGGGCGGAGGGGUCUCUCCUAUCUCAUCCUCUUGGAGUGGGCCAGCUACCACCGGCCUGAGAAGAGACACAUGGAACGAGGGGUUAAUAUUUUUAUACUCUAUAGGCAGUUGUAAUCUGUAACACACCUCGUUCAAUCUUCUCAGGACUUUGAAGGGCCCCACAAACCGCCGACCCAGCUUCCGGCAGGGCAGGCGGAGGGGCAGGUUUCGAGUCGAGAGCCAGACUCGAUCUCCCGGUGCGUACACCGGUGCCUCACUGCGGUGACGGUCGGCGCUCGCCUUUUGGUGACGGAUGGCACGCUGCAGAUGGACAUGGGCAGCGUCCCACGUCUCUUCCGAGCGCCGAAUCCACUCGUCCACCGCAGGGGCCUCGAUCUGGCUCUCGUGCCACGGAGCCAGGACCGGCUGAUAACCUAAAACACACUGGAAAGGUGUUAAGUUGGUGGAGGAGUGGCGGAGAGAGUUCUGGGCCAUCUCUGCCCAGGGGAUGAACCUCGACCACUCCUCCGGCCGGUCCCGGCAAUAGGACCUCAAAAACCUACCCACAUCCUGGUUGACUCGUUCCACCUGCCCAUUACUCUCUGGGUGGUACCCCGAGGUAAGGCUUACCGAGACCCCCAACCGUUCCAUGAACGCUCCCCAAACUCUGGAAGUGAACUGGGGACCUCGGUCAGACACAAUAUCCUCGGGGACCCCAUAGUGCCGGAACACAUGGGUAAAGAGAGCCUCAGCGGUUUGUAGGGCAGUUGGGAGAUCCGGCAUGGGAAGGAGACGACAGGCCUUAGAAAACCGAUCCACAACGACCAAUAUGGUGGUAUUCCCCUGGGAGGGGGGUAGGUCAGUUACGAAAUCCACCGAUAGGUGGGACCAUGGUCGUUGUGGAACGGGCAGGGGAUGUAGCUUACCCCUGGGCAAAUGUCUAGGCGCCUUACACUGGGCACACACCGAGCAGGAGGAGACAUAAACCCUCACAUCCCUGGCUAACGUUGGCCACCAGUAUUUCAUGCUAAGACCAAUACCUGGAUGUCCAGAGGAGGGUGAUGUAUGAGCCAAAUAAAUAAGACGAUCGCGGACCUCGAGCGGAACGUACGUCCGCCCCACAGGACACGCGGGGGGAGUAGGGUCGGUACGCAGUGCCCGCUCGAUUUCCGUAUCGACCUCCCAUACUACCGGAGCCACCAAACAAGAUUCCGGCAAUAUGGAAGUAGGCUCGUUGGACCUCUCCUCCGUGUCAUACCGCCGGGACAGUGCGUCUGCCUUAACAUUCUGGGACCCAGGGAUGUAUGUGAUCUUAAAAACAAACCGGGUUAGGAACAUAUUCCACCUAGCCUGACGAGGGUUCAAUCUCCUAGCUGCCCGGAUGUACUCCAGGUUACGGUGAUCAGUCAGAAUGAGAAAAGGGUGUUGAGCCCCCUCAAGCCAAUGCCUCCACACCUUUAGGGCUUGGACUACGGCUAACAACUCCCUAUCCCCAACAUCAUAGUUGCGCUCCGCCGAGCUGAGCUUCUUCGAGUAGAAAGCACAGGGGCGGAGUUUAGGUGGCGCGCCGGACCGCUGUGACAGGACUGCCCCAAUACCGGUCUCGGACGCGUCCACCUCAACCUGGAAUGGUAAAGAGGGAUCCGGGUGCGCCAGCACCGGAGCCGAGGUGAACAGGUUCUUAAGCUUGAUAAAUGCCCUGUCCGCCUCAGCCGACCACCGCAAACGAACCGGACCCCCCUUUAGCAGGGACGUAAUGGGAGCUGCAAUCUGUCCAAAACCCCGAAUAAACCUCCGGUAGUAAUUAGCAAAACCCAAGAACUGCUGCACCUCUUUUACAGUGGUUGGAGUUUGCCAAUUACGCACGGCCGAUACCAGGUCUACCUCUAUCUCCACACCAGCCGAGGACAACCGAUAACCCAAAAAAGAGACGGACUCCUGGAAGAACAGGCAUUUCUCUGCCUUGACAUACAAGUCAUGCUGCAACAGUCUUCUCAAUACUCGGCGCACCUGGGCUACAUGCUCGGCUCGUGUAGAAGAGUACACCAGGAUGUCGUCGAUGUAAACUACUACACCCUGCCCAUGCAUGUCCCGGAAAAUCUCGUCAACAAAGGAUUGGAAGACUGACGGAGCAUUCAUUAACCCGUAUGGCAUGACGAGAUACUCGUAAUGACCCGAGGUGGUGCUAAAUGCUGUCUUCCAUUCAUCCCCCUCCCUAAUGCGCACCAGAUUGUACGCGCUCCUGAGAUCCAACUUUGUGAAGAAUCGCGCUCCGCGUAAUGAUUCCGUCAUCGUCGCAAUCAGUGGCAGUGGGUAGCUGUAUUUAACUGUGAUCUGAUUGAGACUACGAUAAUCAAUACACGGGCGCAAUCCCCCGUCCUUCUUCUUCACAAAGAAGAAACUCGAGGAGACUGGGGAAGUAGAGGGCCGUAUGUAUCCCUGUGCCAAGGACUCGGCUAUGUAUGUCUCCAUAGCCGCUGUCUCCUCUUGAGACAGGGGAUACACAUGACUCCGAAGAAGAGCCGCUCCUGUUUGGAGAUUUAUCGCACAGUCCCCCUGUCUAUGAGGAGGUAGCCGUGCUGCCCUCAAUUUGCUAAACACGAGUGCUAAAUCCUCAUACUCGGGGGGAAUGCGCAGUGCGGGCACUUGGUUCGGACUCUCUACCGAGGUCGCCCCUACGGAAACACCUAGACAUCUCCCUACACACUGAGCAGACCACUCCAUAAGAGCCCUCUGUUGCCACGUUAUAGUAGGAUCAUGGGUGCUCAACCAGGGAAGGCCCAACACCACGGGAUACGCAGGAGAGUCAAUCAGAUAAAACUGAAUGCUCUCCUCAUGACCCCCCUGCGUCGUCAUAGUCAGUGGUGCUGUGACCUCCCUGAUUAGGCCCGACCCCAACGGCCGGCUGUCUAGUGCGUGGACAGGAAAUGGAUUGUCUACCGGCCGAAGGGGAAUCCUUAACCUACUACAAAAUGCCCGAUCAAUAAAGUUCCCAGCUGCGCCUGAAUCUACUAGCGCCUUAUGCUGGGAAUGAGGUGCCACCUGUGGAAACCUCACAGGAAUGCUCAUGUGACCAACAGAGAGCUCUGGGUGAGUGGAGCGUCUACUCACCUGAAAUGACUCCCCAGUGCGUGGCCUGUUGUCACCUCUCCCAGGAGACCCUCCCCAGCACCUGGCCGCAGUGUGUCCUCCACGACCGCAGGUGGUGCAGUGGAUGGCCCCCCUCGGGUUCCCUCUCCUCCUCUCUCUAGCGCCAGCACCCCCUAGCUCCAUGGGAAUCGGCUCGGGGGCGCUGGAGGGUGGACUGGACGACCCCCACUCGGGACGUCCGCGGGUAGCCAGCAGGGUAUCCAGACGGAUGGAAACGUCCACCAACUGGUCAAACGACAGGUUGGUGUCCCUGCAGGCCAGCUCCCUACGAACGUCCUCGCGUAGACUACAUCGGUACUGGUCGAUGAGGGCCCUCUCAUUCCACCCCGCAUCCGCCGCUAGUGUCCGGAACUCCAGUGAGAACUCCUGUGCGCUCCUCCUCCCCUGUCGGAGGUGGAAUAGACGCUCUCCCGCCGCUUUCCCCUCAGGGGGAUGAUCGAAAACAGUCCUGAAGCGGCGAGAGAACGUAGGCGUAGGUGAUGGUAGCGGCGUCUAUUCCCCUCCAUUCGGCGUUGGCCCAUUCCAACGCUUUGCCGGAGAGACAGGAGAUGAGGGCGGAGACGCUCUCGUAUCCCGAGGGCGCCGGGUGUAUAGUGGCAAGGUACAGUUCUACCUGCAGAAGGAAUCCCUGACACCCGGCUGCAGAACCGUCAUAUGCCCUCGGGAGUGAGAGCCGAAUGCCACUGGGUUCCGGUACUGAGAGAGGAGGACUGGCCGUUGGUGAUGCGAUGUUGUAAGGGUCCUCAGAGUUCACCAAACGGCGCAGGGUGUUGGACACCUUGUCCAUAGCGGUCCCGAGUUGCUGGAUCAUGGCGUCCUGGAAAUUGAUCCGGUCCAGCAGGGAUUCGGGAGACGCCGCUGAUCCUGCUGACUCCAUGAUGGUGUGUUGUUCUGUCAUGAGCCGUCGUGGAUGUGGUGGAGGAGUCAAGUGCAGGAAGCAGAGGUUAGUCCAACAAGACUUUUAAUAGUGUCCAAAGUAAGCGUACAAGCCCCGACCUCGAAAACACGAAGAGGCGAGGAACAUUACGCACACGUGUAAAACACUUCAACAAGGCAAAAUAGACACGGAAAAAUAAACACGUAUCAAACAACGUGGCAACGGACAACAACACACAAAAACCCUAGAUUACAACAUGGAACUUAUAAGACACGUAAUCAACACUAAAACAAACACAGGUGUGACAGCCAGACAAAAGCAAUGGAACACAGAAACAUAGAGCGGUGGCAGCUAGUACUCCGGGGACGGCGAACGCCGAAGCCUGCCCGAACCAGGAGGAGGAGCAGCCUCGGCCGAAACCGUGACACCACUGUAACAGUAGCUCUUUCUUUUGAGUUAGUUUGCCUGACGUGUGGGAUACAUAUACUAAAUACACUUCUCUUUUGAAGACCCUUAACUUGAUUUGUGUCAGUGUUGUUGUAUUGGUGUGGUGGGGAAUCAGGCGCAGAAGCAGAGGUACAGUCCAACAAGACUUUACUUUGAACAAAAAUAAUCCAAAAAGCGGCUGAAAGCCAAACAGACGCGCACAGGCGUCCACAAACUAUCGCACGAAACACAGUGCGCAAAACUCUCCUAACAGCGGAGGAACUACUGAUAAAUGGCGUACUGGCAAACAAGACAAAUGUACGCAAGACACUUGACAAAACAAUUACACACAACACUAUACAAACAACAAGGAAACUAAAUAGGGUGCUUAAUGAGACCUAACACUAGACAGGUGUGGCUAACAGACAAAACUAAUCAAACAGGAAACAAAGAACAUAGAACGGUGGCAGCUAGAAUUCCGGAGACGACGAACGCCGAAACCUGCCCGAACAAGGGAGAGAAGCAGCCUCGGCCGAAACCGUGACAAUUUGUGUAAUUCAAUGUGGAGGAAAACUUUCUAACUGCAUUUACUAGGUCUCGAGUACACAGUAACUCAAGCGAAAUUUAUUGUUUGUCUAAAUGUUUUAUGUUUUGAGGGGAAGUUCUGGUAAAUAAUGCACUACUGUAUAAAAUCUAAGUGGUUCAAGCCAUGACUAAUUCAAGACAAAUAAUCUGAUCAAACAAGCCCAACCAUGAAUAAGUCAAUACAACCUUUUUACUGUGAUGUUCUGUGCUGUUUUUCUGCCUCGACAGAACAGUACUAGUCAAAAGUUUGGACACACCUACUAAUUCCAGGGUUUUUCUUUAUUUUUACUAUUUUCUACAUUGUAGAAUAAUAGUGAAGACAUCAAAACUAUGAAAUAACACAUAACCGGUGCCCCUGCACAUUGACUCUGUACCGGUACCCCCUGUAUAUAGUUUUACUGCUGCUCUUUAAUUAUGUGGUAUUGUUAUUUUUUACUUAUCUAUUUUUUACUUAAAACUGCAUUGUUGGUUAAGGGCUUGUAAGUAAGCAUUUCACUGUAAGGUCGACACCUGUUGUAUUCGGCGCAUGUGGCAAAUACAAUUUGAUUUGAUUUAUGGAAUCAUGUAGUAACCAAAAAAGUUUUAAACAAAUCAAAAUAUAUUUUAGAUUUUAGAUUCUUCAAAGUAGCCACCUUUUGCCUUGAUGACUGCUUUGCAUUCUCUCAACCAGCUUCAUGAGGGAGUCAACUGGAAUGCUUUUCCAACAGUCUUGAAGGAGUUCCCACAUAUGCUGAGCACUUGUUGGCUGCUUUUCCUUCACUCUGCGGUCCAACUCAUCCCAAACCAUCUCAAUUGGGUUGAGGUCGGGUGAUUGUGGAGGCCAGGUCGUUUGAUACAGCACUCCAUCACUCUCCUUCUUGGUAAAAUAGCCCUUACACAGCCUGGAGGUGUGUUUUGGGUCAUUGUCCUGUUGAAAAACAAAUUAUUGUCCCACUAAGCACAAACCAGAUGGGAUGGCGUACUGCUGCAGAAUGAUGUGGUAGCCAUGCUGGUUAAGUGUGCCUUGAAUUCUAAAUAAAUCACUGACAGUGUCACCAGCAAAGCACCCCCACUAUCACACCUCCUCCUCCAAGCUUCAUGAUGGGAACCACACAUGCGUAGAUCAUCCGUUCACCUACUCUGCGUUUCACAAAGACAAGGCGGUUGGAACCAAAAAUCUCAAAUUUGGACUCAUCAGACCAAAGGACAGAUUUUCAGCGGUCUAAUGUCCAUUGCUCGUGUUUCUUGGCCCAAGCAAGUCUCUUCUUCUUAUUGGUGUCCUUUAGUAGUGGUUUCUUUGCAGCAAUUCGACCAUGAAGGCCUGAUUCACGCAGUCUCCUCUGAACAGUUGAUGUUGAGAUGUGUCUCUUACUUGAACUCUGAGGUGCAAUCUGAGGUGCAGUUAAUUGCCGAUUUCUGAGGCUGGUAACUCUAAUGAACUUCUCCUCUGCAGCAGAGGUAACUCUGGGUCUUCCAUUCCUGUGGCGGUCCUCAUGAGAUCCAGUUUCAUCAUAGCGCUUGAUGUUCUUGAAAUUUUCUGGAUUGACUGACCUUCAUGUCUUAAAGUAAUGAUGGACUGUCAUUUCUCUUUGCUUAUUUGAGCUGUUCUUGCCAUAAUAUGGACUUGGUCUUUUACCAAAUAGGGCUAUCUUCUGUAUACCACCCCUACCUUGUAACAACACAACUGAUUGGCUCAAACGCAUUAAGGAAAGAAAUUCCACAAAUUAACUUUUAACAAGGCACACCUGUUAAUUGAAAUGCAUUCCAGGUGACUACCUCAUGAAGCUGGUUGAGAGAAUGCCAAGAGUGUGCAAAGCUGUCAUCAAGGCAAAUGGUGACUACUUUGAAGAAUCUCAUAUAUACAAUAUAUUUUGAUUUGUUCAACACUUUUUUGGUUAGUACAUGAUUCCAUAUGUGUUAUUUCAUAGUUUUGACGUCUUCACUAUUAUUCUACAAUGUAGAAAAUAGUAAAAAUAAAGAAAAACCCUGGAAUGAGUAGGAGUGUCCAAACUUUUGAAUGGUACUGUAUAUUCUUCAACUUUGUUGAUAUUUACUUAUUUCUUCUCCAAGAAGUCCGUUCAUUCCGUCAUUCCAUCACACGUCCAUUUCUAAAAUUCUCUCUGAUGUAGAUUGGUUGGAGGGAAAGUUGGUUGCAGGAGUUGCAGUUAACACUAGGUGGCAGUAUGUGUUAUGGACAGGAAUAAAGUUAUUCUAAUCUAUGAAUUGCAAAUACCUGAUACAUGAAAAAAUAAAAAGAGGUCCAAUUCUAAUUCAAUAACAAUCCAUGUUUAUGAUCCUGCCCUUGUUGACUCUCCCUCUGAGAUCUGAAAGCAUUAGAUAUGGUGGAAAAUAUAACAGUACCAUAUUGUUCUGUGACAUUCCUAAACGGCCAUCUACAAUAUUACAGUGAAGGAGUUGAUAGAUUUCUAGGAGGCAGGUACCCUAGGGGAAACGCAACGUUCCAACACUUGGUCCAAAAAAAACAAAAUGUUAUUCUGACAGCACUGACCAGAAUACCAGUUGUUUAUGCUCCAGAUAAACAACCCAUUUCAUUCUCAAUAUUCAACAUUUUGUGUGUACUUCUGUGUUUGUCCCUGAUAUCCUGCUUUUGUUCCCAAGCUUUAUCUGUGAUCUGUCCUGAUGGUAACAACUCAGAUGAGAUGGCCAAUACCUUGGUGAAUUACUGCUUCCUCUAAAGACAGGGUUGGCAAGGCAACAAUGGCUGGCAGGCAGGAAAAGUUCUGGCUUUCAUUCUGCUGCUGUGUUUGGGGUCUCCUGUCUCCUGAGAGACUGACUGUCAGCUGCCCACGUCAGCAAGUUGGGUUGAGACGCAGAGCAUCAAAGGGCCGCUGGCUCCGAUACUUGAUGAGAAUGUCUGUGGAACAACAUGUGCUAUGGUCCUGACACAUGUGGUCCUCUGUAGCUCAAUUGGUAGAGCAUGACGCUUGUAACGCCAGGGUAGUGGGUUCGAUCCCCGGGACCACCCAUACGUAAAAAUGUAUGCACACAUGACUGUAAGUAGCUUUGGAUAAAAGCGUCUGCUAAAUGGCUUAUUAUUACAUAACUUUUGGUGCCGUGCACCGGAAACCAUGUUCAUAAUGCCAUAGAACAGUUGAGUUUUUCUUGGAAAUUAGGUCUUUACAAUGUGCCAUUUUGAGAAAGGUAGUUAUGGAGGAAGAUAAUACAUACAGAUCAAAUCUUCAGAGCAGAGACUAUCUUCAGAACAAUGAUCAGAACAAAGGUUAAUGGAGCGUUUACCUGUUAAGAGUGUGAAAAUUAAUGUACCUAACCACGCCACAUACUUGUUAACAGUGGCCUUUCCUGACCUUACAACUAAUCAGAGAGAAGAUAAAGGUUGACGUAGUGUUUAGAUCAACAAAAAUUGACGAUCAUCAUAUAAGAUACAAAAAACAAUAGUGUACCUAAUACCUAGGUACACUAAUACAUCUUAGUUACAUAGACUGGUAAAGUCUAGGCACACCUUGUUAAAUAGGACUGUUAUACCUGAAGAAUUUUCCUAAAACUUGCCUAAGAUUAUAAUCUCCUUCAGAGCAUGUCAUUUCAGGACCACUAUCUCUUGUCACGUGCUCACAUUGUCAUUUAGCAGACGCUCUUUUCCAGAGCAACUUACAGCAGCAAUUAGGGUUAAGUGCCUUGCUCAAGGGCACAUCACCAGAUUUUCAGCUAGUCGGCUCCGGGAUUCAAACCAGCAACCUUUCGGUUACUGGUCCAUAGCUCUUAACCGCUAGGCUACCUGUCAAACAAAAGGGGGCUAAGGUUGGGUGAAUGUGGUCUGAACCACCUCCUGUGUGUGUGUGUGUGUGUGUGUGUGUGUGUGUGUGUGUGUGUGUGUGUGUGUGUGUGUGUGUGUGUGUGUGUGUGUGUGUGUGUGUGUGUGUGUGUGUGUGUGUGUGUGUGUCUGUGUGUGUGUGUCUGUGUGUGUGUGAUGUUGUGUUUGUGUGAUGUUAUAUACAUGUGUGUAUAUGUGUGUGUAUGUGUGAUGUUAUCCUAACCCCUGACAUGAUGUCCAGGGGUGGAGAGUGGGUCAAGGAAGGAGUUCCCAGAGUGGGAAGUGUGGCGAGGCGUUUAUAAACUCCUGACCAUGUUUACACCUCAGACACAAUCCCGUCUUCUCACACGACAUUACGCUCAGCAGAAGAAACGUCUGGAACUUUACUGUUUGGGCUGUCAGUGUGUGCUACCUUAGGUCAGAAGGGGGAUACUAUCUCCACUACCAGGGUCUGCCUACGAUAUCUCACAUCUUAUUGAUUUAUUUUUCAUUUAAUUUGGGAAAGAAGAGUUCAGUGCUUGGGGUUUAACGCUCUCUACUUGGUCCUCAAGAAGUGGACCCCAUUUGAACCAUCUGAUUCUGUCUGGGCUUGGCUGUUUCUCAGUAAGGGUGUUCUGUUCUGUUCUGUUCUGUUCUGUUCUGUUCUGUUCUGUUCUGUACUGUGCCUCAGAGGCUUAACAGCCAUGUACAACAGCAGCUACUCCCAGGCCAAGUUUGGCUUAGAGAGCAGGAGGAAGAUCCAGAAGCCCAGCGGGAAGAGCUGCGGCUACUACAUGAGGCUCGUCUUCUUCUUCUCCUCUCUGAUCCAGUCCCUCAUCAUCGUCAGCCUGGUGCUCUUCCUGGUCUACGGGAGCUCCCCAGACGCGGCGGCCGAGAGCCGGGUCCAGGACCUGGAGAAGAGCUUCAGCCACCUCUCCAUUGACAACGUCAACCUCCGGCAGCAGGGAAAGAACCUGACGCAGCUCCUGAACGCCACCCUGACUGACAAGAUGCGCAACGACAGGGAUAUGAUGAGUCUGCGUCAAGUGGCAAACAGGUCUGGCAUGUUCAUCGCCAAUCUCAAAGAACUAGUGGUAAGAACUGAGACUGGUUUUGUUAUCGAUGUUCACAGGUCAAUGCUAGAGGGGAUUUGUGAGGUUGUGUUGGAUUUUUAGGCAUGCAUAUUUUUAAAUACUUUGGUGGAUCUUCAAUAUGUGGAUUUUGAAUAUUCAUUACAAUGACAGCAGCACAGUACAUACAGUGGGAUCCCAAUGAUUGGUUUACUGAAUAUUAAAAUGCCAGUUUAGCUGUAUUAGUGGAUAGGAAAACAAAACAUGUGCUAAAUGAUUUGAUUUGAGUGUAAUUUAACAUAAAAUAACACAUUACAUUCAAGUCUGUUAUACAUAUCAUAUAUCAUAUCAAUAAUUUCAGAUAGUUUCAGAUAAUUUCAGCAAAUAUACCUGAAAAGGUUAAAACAGUGUUACAACAGUCAUAAACAUUAACAAUCACUAAUCACUGUAUAUUCAGAUUUAAGCUUGACUAUUCAUCAUUUCUAUAAAAUAGAUUUAUAAAACGUUUUAGCAACAGUGUCAACAAUAAUGUGCAUGUACAGAUGCCGUAUCUUAAUUUGAUCAUCUUGUUGUUGCAGAAAUGUUCCUGCACAGCAGAAAAUGCAAAAGUGUAGUGUGUUCAAGGUUUGAAAAGGAUUGAAAAGGAUUCUAAAGUUUGUAAUUUCCACUUAAAAAUGUCAGUCUUGAUUUGACCUAAUGGAAAAUUGAUCAACCUCUACAAAAUAUGUCCAUAAUAAAAAAAUAUGCAUAUAAUACACAUUUCCUGUUGCUGCAGAUCCUAAAUCUGUAGGUGAAACUUUCACUCAAAUUGUAUUUGGCAGACAAAAUGUGGUGCUGAUGCAUAUCUGUUAUUAAUAUCCACAGUAUCAGUGUGAAAAGGAUAAGGGAAGCUGUCAGCAUCAACUUAGCAUGAACCAAUGCCACAGGGCCAUGCCACCAAAUGGUAAGACAACUGUAAGACAAACAAUGUUUUAAUUGCUCUGCUCUGCUCUAGUGUUACAUACAGUAUUCCUGUUCAGUCGUCCACUCAGAAUCUCAUUCUAAUCAUUCACAGCUUUCCUAAACCUAUCAGCUUCCCACUGGGCACACACUGGUUGAACCAACAUUGUUUCCACAUCAUUUAAAGGAAAUUACGUUGAACCAACGUGGAAUAGACGUUGAAUUGACGUCUGUGCCCAGUGGGUUUCCUAACUGGUACUUAUUUGGACAAGAAUAAGCAUGGUGCAAAUUACAACUUUGCAAUGAUCUUUUGUCUUCACUGUUGUUGUUGUUGUUGUUGUUACCGAAGUGAGAAUACAAAUAGUUAAAUUAUAAUUACAAUUAUUUACUUGCCAUUCUGAAUUCACUUAAAACCAACACAGGCCCGGGAUUCAAUCCAAGCUGCAUUGUAGAGAGCUUGAUUUAAAGGUUAUUUUCUAUUGAGCCCGCAUCUGCACUGUGAACGCAAUCUCCGCAAAUGCAGGAACAUUGCCUUUAAAAGGCACAAUGUCGACAGUGCUCCUCGGAUUGAAUCCCGGACAAAAUCUGAUCUUGGUUCCGAAGUAUUAACAUAAAAGGUUUUUCUUUCUUCUUUUUGUUCUUCAAAAUCUUUUAUAGGCAACAACAAGAAAAUGCAAGAAAACCAGGUCCAGCAGCUGGAGCAGUUGCUAAAGCUAGUGAGCUCCAACUUCAGUCAGACGGUGCAGUUCAUGAGGAUGGAGAUGGAGAACACAGCCAUGGACCGGGACUCCCUCACCCUUGAGGCCAUCUCCCUCCAGAGGGACAAGACCUUCCUGCAGAGACAACUGGAGGGCUACAGGAAGAAGUGCAAGGAGGACUUUGUCCAAUCACUGGCCGGCAUCUCCGACGUCUCUAAAGCCUUCCUGUUGAAGAUCGACAACCUCCUGCCCAAUGUCAGCCCCUUCCUGCUCACCUGCGAGAAGCAGCUCCACCACCUGGACCAGAUCCGCAACAACUGCACCGGUCUGUCCCGCGAGGUGGAGACCAAGUUCCAGCACUACCUGGACAAGGUGGGCUCUCAGAUGUCGGAGAUCGAGGGCCAAAGCGCCCGGCUGCAGGCGGAUAAAGACCAGCUGAAGGAGGACUACGACUGGUGUAGCUACAAUCGCAGCGCCAUGGCCCUGGAGCACCGCAGGAAGCUUCAGAAGACCCAGGAGAAAUACGACCUAGAGACGGAGAGAAUGCUGAUGGACCGCAGGAGGCUGCAGGGGAACAAGGAGCUGCAGGAGACGGCGAUGAAGAUGAAGGAGGGUGAGAUCAGCAUUCUCAAGGACAAGAUCAAUAACCUCAACAGCUCACUGGCCAACUGUGGCUCCAGGGUAAGGGAAUCUCUAUUGCGUGGUAUUACACCGGGCUUACAUCCAGCUCAGAGUGGUGGUAGUCAAACUGAGGCCAGAAAUGGCUUCCGUCAUUGGUGUGAAAGGAUGGAGUUGGGACGCUGGUCAAAAGAUCUAAUCAUGUAAAUGAGAGAUGCAGGAGUACACGCUUUCAUACAUUUAUGCCUUCAUAAAUGUCUGAAACUUCUGAUCAUAAAAUGUGUAUGAUCAGAAUAGACACUAUGGUACAAGAGGAGGUGUCAAUCUCAUCAACUUGGCAGGGAUCCCACUAUGGUACUAGAGGAGGUGUCAAUCUCAUCAACUUGGCAGGGAUCCCACUAUGGUACUAGAGGAGGUGCCAAUCUCAUCAACUUGGAAGGGAUCCCACUAUGGUACUAGAGGAGGUGUCAAUCUCAUCAACUUGGAAGGGAUCCCACUAUGGUACUAGAGGAGGUGUCAAUCUCAUCAACUUGGCAGGGAUCCCACUAUGGUACUAGAGGAGGUGUCAAUCUCAUCAACUUGGCAGGGAUCCCACUAUGGUACUAGAGGAGGUGUCAAUCUCAUCAACUUGGCAGGGAUCCCACUAUGGUACUAGAGGAGGUGUCAAUCUCCUCAACUUGGCAGGGAUCCCACUAUGGUACUAGAGGGGGUGUCAAUCUCCUCAACUUGGCAGGGAUCCCACUAUGGUACUAGAGGAGGUGUCAAUCUCAUCAACUUGGCAGGGAUCCCACUAUGGUACUAGAGGAGGUGUCAAUCUCCUCAACUUGGCAGGGAUCCCACUAUGGUACUAGAGGAGGUGUCAAUCUCAUCAACUUGGCAGGGAUCCCACUAUGGUACUAGAGGAGGUGUCAAUCUCCUCAACUUGGCAGGGAUCCCACUAUGGUACUAGAGGAGGUGUCAAUCUCCUCAACUUGGCAGGGAUCCCACUAUGGUACUAGAGGAGGUGUCAAUCUCCUCAACUUGGCAGGGAUCCCACUAUGGUACUAGAGGAGGUGUCAAUCUCAUCAACUUGGCAGGGAUCCCACUAUGGUACUAGAGGAGGUGUCAAUCUCAUCAACUUGGCAGGGAUCCCACUAUGGUACUAGAGGGGGUGUCAGUCUCAUUCCAAAGAAACAAUGCAGGGAACUCGAAGAUAGGUAACGGCCCAACUGGCUGGUAAAGUGCCACAGUCUAUAAGAUACAAUUGGUGGUCAUGUUAUAAUAAACAUGAUAUGUUUGUGUUAUUAUUAUCUUUGAAUAUGCUAGAUAAACUGAUGACUCAUUGUUAUAUGUUGAAGUAUUUUCACAUACCGGUAGUAACCAAACAUUAUUAUCUUUGUCUUAUUAUGUUUCAGACCGGCAUGGGUAACUCAGGGAUGUCCGGACCAAAUCAGACUGGGCCCUGGGGUAGCAGGCAUGGGAUGGGUGACCCUGGCUCAACUGGGAAUGCAUUUGGCGGGGAAGGGUUGAGUGCAACAGGGCAAGGUAACAGGGGGUCAACUGCUGGAACAGGAUUGGGGGCUGGAACAGGUGGGUGGGGUGCUUCUGCAACAGGAAACGGCAACGCAGGUUUUGGCAACACAGGAUUGGGUAGGGCCGGGUCAAGUGCUUUGUCAUCAUCAGGCGCCGCAAGGAUGAACGGAUCAGGAAUGGACAGCUCGAACGGUUACAGUUUAGGUAAGAUAUAAAGGCUUGAUAUAAAAAUAACUUCUUAUAAACACUGUGAUAUACUAUGGACAACGGCUUAUGUUGUUGUUCUGUUGUUUCCACAGCACAUAUCAAUCAACACUUACGAGAGCUGCAGCAGUAUUCCAACCCCAACUCCGGCUCAGAGUGA